AUGACGGGUGACUCCAGCGAAGACUAUGGAAACUACACCUAUGAUUAUGACCUGGAGUACGGCGACUUGGAAGAUCUCAAAACAGAGCACAGACAAGAGGAAACUAUACACAUGAUCUCAGUGUUUAUCUACAUCAUUUCCUUCGUGCUUGGCUUGAUUGGAAAUGGAACUGUUAUUUGGGUGACGGCGUUCAAAAGCAAGAAGACUGUCAACAGCGUGUGGUUGCUCAAUCUUGCCAUGGCCGACUUUGUUUUUGUGCUUUUCCUGCCCUUCUAUAUUGAUUACAUACUGCGGGACUUCCACUGGAGCUUUGGUGUGACCAUGUGUAAGCUGAACUCAUUUGUGUCUGUGAUGAACAUGUACGCCAGUGUGCUCUUUCUCACCGUGCUCAGCAUAGACAGGUAUGUUUCACUGGUCCACCUCAACUGGUCUCGGCGGCACCGCACAGUAGAGAGAGCCUGGGUGACUUGUGGCUGCAUAUGGGUGAUAGCUGCUGCCCUGAGCUGCCCCGCGCUGAUUUUCCGUGACACCCUGCGCUUACACGACAAGGUGAUAUGCUUCAACAACUUCCACACACAGGAUGGACAUACAGCAGCUAUGAGACACAUAAUAAUAGUGGCCAUCCGCACCACUGUGGGCUUCCUUCUGCCAUUUACUGCCAUAUGUGUGACAGGCAUACUCCUGUCAAUCAAAGUGAAUCGAUCUGGGGGCUUGGUUCGCUUGUCUAGCUUCUCCAAAACAGUCACUGCAGUUAUUUUGGCCUUCUUUCUAUGCUGGGCACCUUUCCACACGUUUAGCUUAAUGGAGUUAUCAAUACAUUCCUCUGUGUACUUACACAACAUACUGAAAGCUGGUUUUCCUCUUGUCACAAGCUUAGGUUUUUGUAACAGCUGCAUUAACCCCCUGCUAUACAUGCUCCUGGGGAAAAAGGUUCGUCACAUCCUGAAGCGUGCAUGCCUGGACAUAACUAAGAGUUCACUCCGAGAACUCAGCCAGUCAGUCUCUGCCACUGAGAUGGAAUCUGUGCCGUCACAUUAUCAGGAGAGUCUCCCAGAGGAGCCAGUGGAGUCAUCUGCACUAUGAUUGCAACCUCAGACUCUUAUCCAUGAAAAACACGAGGGUGACUGAGUAUCACUUUAAUGUAAAUGGGGAGGAUUUUGUCCCCCUUUUCUUUUCAGCAUAAUGUUCAAAUUUUCCUAUUUUUGUUUCAUUUGGAUGGAAUUGACAUGGUUCAGCGAAACUCCAUGGAAAAGCUGAGGGAAAACUGCAUGCACGUGGGGCUUUUUCAUCUGCACAGCCCCAAGUCAUCGCUAGAAAUGGCAUGACAUAAAUGACAUAAUCGCAGACCAUUGGCUGUUUUAGUUUCUUCAUUGUAAGAUUUUGCUGCUUUUCCUCAUCUUUUAUGAUUAUGAACUGACUAUGUUUGGGUUCUAGAUAGUUGGUCAGUAAAACAAGCAGUUUGCCGAUCUCUCUAGUCUCUCUAGGUUGUGGAAAAUGUGAGGGACAUUCUUCACUCUUUAUAUACCAAUUCUUAAAAUGUAUAACAAACUAUGUAUUUCAGAUGUUUUGAUUGUACUCUUUUGGACCAAGGGCAUUUGCUCAUCAACGCUGUUUUAUUGCAAAUGAAAUGCAUACUUUUAUAGUUCAAAAGUACUACAGUAUUUUAAUAAUGUAUUGUACUGAUUUUUAAGAAGUUGAAAUGUGUAUAAACGUAUAAUUCUAAUAUAUUCAGAGUAAAUAGCACAUACAGUGUCUUAUUAAAA